CAUGAGCUGGUCCACGCUGAGGCUGAAGUUGAGAUCUGACAGUCUCAAAGGAGUAGCCUUAUUGUCCGCCCUCAUGAUAGCUUUGUGGAUCUAACUGGAGGCAUCCCUGGGAGGAAGUACUUUCUGAGGCUAAGGUGUAAGUGCACGCCAAAGCUUUUGCGGAAAUUCUACCCGGAGGUCCCUUCCAAUACCAGGGUACCGUCAAU